GGGCCGCCGAGCGCGUCCGCGAACCUGCGGCUCUUCGACGAGAAGGACGGCUACGAGCCGCGCGUCACCCUGUACCGCGACGGGUCGAGCUGGUGCCCCUACUGCCAGAAGGUCUGGAUGCAGCUCGAGGAGAAGCGCAUCCCCUACCGGGUGGAGCGCAUCAACAUGCGCUGCUACGGCUCGAAGCCCGCGUGGUUCGAGCGCGACGCGGGCGGCCUGCUGCCGGUCGUCGAGCUCGACGGCCGCCUCAUCACGGACAGCGUGUCCAUCAUGCUCGCGCUGGAGCGCGAGUUCGGCGGCGACAGGUCGCUGCUCCCGCCGGGCGGCGUCGACGACAUCCGCGACCUCAUGGGCCUCGAGCGGCAGCUCGGGUCCGCGUGGCUGGGCUGGCUCCGCGCGCCCCCGGGCGUCGGCGGCGGCGCGCGGUCGACCUUCGAGGGCCAGCUGUCGCGGGUCGACGGGUUCCUGAGGUCCACGGCGGGCGGCUUCUUCCUCGGCGAGGAGCUGAGCCUCGUCGACCUCCUCUUCUGCUCGUUCCUCGAGCGCGCGGAGGCGUCGUUGCUCUACUACAAGGGCUUCCGGGUCCGCGACGCCGAGGCCUACCCGGGCGUCGCGGCGUGGUUCGACGCCAUGGAGUCGCGGGCGUCGUUCCGGGCGUCGCAGUCCGACUACUACACGCACGCGAUGGACCUGCCGCCGCAGCUCGGCGGCUGC